ACACUCAGUUCCUCAACACUCGACCCCUCAACACUCAGCUCCUCAACACUCAGCUCCUCAACACUCAGCUCCUCAACACUCGACUCCUCAACACUCAGCUCCUCAACACUCAGCUCCUCAACACUCGACUCCUCAACACUCAGCUCCUCAACACUCAGCUCCUCAACACUCGACCCCUCAACACUCAGCUCCUCAACACUCAGUUCCUCAACACUCGACUCCUCAACACUCAGCUCCUCAACACUCAGCUCCUCAACACUCGACUCCUCAACACUCAGCUCCUCAACAUUACGCUCCUCAACACUCAGCUCCUCAACACUCCAGACUGGAACCCAGAGAUCCACCACUACAGCUGCCCCGAACACAACAAUGAUCGAACCCAAUCUGGUGUGUGAAAACAAGGGUACCUUACAAAACGGGAUCUGCCUCUGCCCAGACGAUUGGACUGGAACUACCUGCAACAUCUCAAAUUUCUGCCCUGAACAAAACCCCACACAAACUAGUAAAUUCACCUUUCCAAAAACGGUCUUAGGCCAGUUUGCUUCCUCAGUUGAGCGAUGUCCAUCACAUACACCAAAUGCCGGAAUCCCCAAAGCUUCAGCUCUCUGUAGUAUAUCUACUCACUUAUUUGAUCCUCCAAACACUCUACAUUGUGGUUUGACCCUGGAUACCAUUAACAAUGAUCUUUCUGGAGCUACUCAAGCCGAUGUCCUCUUAUUAGCCUCCAGUACCCAGAUCCUCACAUCCAUACCGGAACGGCUAACAGCCCACAACAUCACAAAUGCUGUUAAUAUAACCAACAUUCUACUCUCCCGUUAUGAAAGUGAACAAAGCACGGAUAUUGCAGUGUCAGCAGUCGCUACAGUCAGUCAGCUCCUGAGCGCAAGUCAUGGGAUGUACUCCUCUGUCGACCAAGCUGCAAUAAAUGAACUAACACAGACUCUACAGAAACUCUCUCUGCGUGAGAAGUCAAAUCCAUUGCUGGUGCAACCGAACAUGGCAGUGCAGUCACUGAAGGGGCAAACUCCAAUCCGACAAGUGCAAUUAACCUCUUUUAAAGGCAAGUUUGAAGCUUAAAUAUACAACAGAACUCUCUAGAAAAAAAGGUGAAUUUACGGCAU